CUGCUGCGCCCGACCGCGCGCUGUCGACGCUACCCGUCACUGAGUAUUCUUUCCAAGGACGCCGACGCCAUCAUCUUUACGACGGCCUACCCGACGUUCGCCCCCGAGAUUCAGCUCACGUGCGCCGACUGCGGACAGCUCGGCAACCAAGACUCGAUGCCAACGCUGCGGCGGUACUUGCACCUCGAAGCACUGGUGCGCGACAGCAACCAAGACGAUUGGAUGAUUGGAUACCUCUAUCGGCCGCCACCCGUGGCGGCGUCGGCGCAAGAGGCCUUGAUCUGGGGCUACGACUACCGCAACGAGCUGCUCUUGGACAAAAGCCGCGUCCUUUGUAUCCGCGCGACCCAGUGCGUCGGGUAUGGCAUGGUGUACAUGUGCUCGCGCACGUACUUUCACCGCUUCCAUCGGGGCACGUCGAGUCACAUGGAAAAAUUCUGCCGUCCGCUGCGCCCCACGGCAACGACACCAGGUGCCAAACGACUCUCCGUGCUCCUUCGCGAGACGCCGCCGCAUGUGGAGGCCGGGGAGCGUGCGCGAACCUCGGCAGCGGCCCUGUAACUCGUUCAACCAAGCAGCGUCGCGACUUGUCACGAGCAGAGACCGACGGCUUUACGGACUCUGACGCUGUAGGAUAGACAAGUAUGUAUGUGUUACUAGUAUCAUCUAGGGCUGAGAGAAAUUGCU